CGCCGCAGGAUGAACGACCUGGUAAAGUUCGAAUCUUUCAUCCGCGUACCGGAGAUCUUCUACGACAUGAUCGGGAUGAUGCGGUACGGUGAAUCGCGGAAUACGACGAAAGCCCGUUUCAAGCGGUUGUUCUUUUGGAGUUCCUACGCCAACACAAUAUUUUGCCUGAUAAUCGAGCACAUUUAUUUCAUCAAAGCGGCCGGAAAUUUCACCAACUUUUUGGAGUUGACAGCACUUGCACCAUGUAUUGGGUUUACGGCAUUAUCGAUUGUGAAGAUCAUGACCAUUAAGUUGAACGAGACUAAGCUGAAUGGAAUACUGGAUCGGUUAAACGAAAUAUUUCCGAGAACGCAUCUGGAACAGGAGCGAUACCGAACCUACCAGUACAAUCUAGAAUCACAGGUUGUGAUGAAGUCAUUUUCCGUGCUAUACAUGAUUUUGAUUUGGAUCUUCAACCUUCUACCGUUGGUAUCGAUGCUGGUUAAAUAUCUUACCAGUGGUGUGCUGGAGAAAGAACUUCCGUACUUUAUGUGGUAUUGGUACGAUUGGAACAAGGAGGGUUACUACGAGAUUACAUUCUUUCAUCAAAACUGGGGAGCAUUCGAUUCGGCCGUCUACAAUCUCUGCACGGAUCUGAUGUUUUGUGCGAUCAUCCUUUUAAUCUGUUUACAGUUCGAUAUUAUUGCGUACCGGCUGAAGCAUGCGAAAGACGACUAUAGAGAGCUGGUGGGCUGCAUCGAACUGCAUCAAAUUGUGGUGGAUUUAAGUGAUCAGCUGGAGAGCAUUUUCUCUCCCUCGAUUCUGAUCAACUUCGUCGGUAGCUCUGUGAUCAUUUGCUUGGUAGGGUUCCAGGCUACCUCGGAGAUCAGUGCGUUUGAUUUGUUCAAGUUUGUACUGUUCCUGGUGUCGUCGAUGGUGCAGGUUUUUCUGUUGUGCUACUACGGAAACAAGCUGAUCGAGGCGAGCUCCCAGAUUGCUUACAGUGCUUUCGAAGCUGACUGGUAUACGGCUGAUAUACGUUACCAAAAGUCGUUGCUAUUCGUGAUGACCCGGGCUGGAAAAUGGCAAACACUCACAGCGAUGAAGUUUUCUGUAGUGUCUCUGGCAAGUUACAGUGCGAUUUUGAGUACCUCAUUCUCCUACUUCACUUUGCUGAAAACAGUCUACGAUCCAAGUCAAAAGUAACUUAUUAGCAAGAGAUGCUGUGUAGCAUUUUAAGUAUCCAGAAAACGGUUUCAGAUUAUUAAAUAAUAAAUCAAAAGAACAGUAGAAAACUUGAAAUAAAAUUAUAAUAGUCAUAGUUGACAAGUUCACUAAAUUCGAAAUAUCAUUCAAUAGAUAUCAAUGUAGAAACAGGAUCGAUGUUCAGGUAUACCCUCAUGAAAAUAGUUCAUAACAAUAGCUGUUUAAUUUAGGAAUAAGUACGCGUAGUGGAAAACUCAAAUAUUCAAACUUAAAUAGAAUCGAAACUUUUGUCAAUGUCUAAGCAACCUCAAUUAGUUUUAUGUAAAUUUGUCAUUUUACUAGACUUACUUCAUCCAACCUAAAGUUUCCUAAUAUUUUUCAAAAUUUGUUUUUUUUAUCGUAUAACAACAAGUAGAAUCUUUCAGUCACUCACUGAUUGAAUGUCGUUAUAGAAUACAAUUUUUGGAUUGAUUUCUCCCAGUAUAAAAGUGUAGAUUCGAAUUUACCACCCUGAAAUCAAUUUAUUGAUUUAAAAUUCCGUAUAACUUCAUCGUAGCAAGCAAACUAAAUGUGGAUGCAAAUUCAACCGUCACAGUGAAAUCACCAACGGACGCUUCUAUAAUAGGAUGACGCUGCUAGCAGUGCUAUCAAUACUACAAAUCAACUAAAUCCUCACGUUCUUGUCUCAAUUGCAAGUUACAAAAGCAAAGCACACACACACACACACACACAAAACCAAUCGACCCCAUGCGCAAGUGUUACUUUCUUACGUGGUACUAUUUUUACCGCUUGUGCCGUAUUUUGAAGAGCCUUCUCUUCAAGAAGACAAAUCUCGAAAAAACCCAGAAUAAUAUCAGUUUUAUACACAACGAUAUGUGACGAGAAACUUUUCCUUUGGCAUAAUGAUGCGGUUGAUGACAGCAGCGCCCUACAACCCUACUAGUAACCAUGUCGGUAAUUAAUAGUAUGCUCACUUGCUUUUGUAGUACACACUACCACUAACUGAGAUGCUGUAAUGGUGUAAAGCGCUAGAAAAAGACCCCCAGCACGAGGAGCUGGUAGUACAAAAAAAAGAUCUGCUUGUUAGAGCAUCUCGACGUUCAAUGAUAAGUGGUUGGUCGCGCGAUGGCAGGGCUGCUUCCAUCGGGCGGGAGCCCUCGUUGAGCCGAAACAUAGUUUGCUGGGCGGAGCGAAAUGGCACCAAUCACAGAGUGGAAUUUGGAAAUGGAUUGAAUAAAUAUUGUCCAAAAAUAGAUCAUUUUUUACUUUCUACUGCUAUGACGAACUCGAUUUUUUUGCACUAAUAACUAUGCGUCUCCAUCGUUUGCUUCACAAUACCAUGGAAACGCAUUGUCCCUUGUAUACGGCGCACUUUAGAUUGUUGGUAGUUCUAAUUAUAGAGAUUCUAAUGCGCUUCACUAAACCAAAACAAAUAUCAACAAUAUAAACAACAUCGAAAUAAACAAAUUGUAAAUAUUUUCAAUCAGUUAGUUCCUAGUUAUACACGUUUGUACCAGCUUUUCACUUCCAAGAUCCACCUCUGCGCCGAUGCUCCCGGCAGCAGCGUGGUAAAUUUCAUCAUUAUCAAAUUUACGAGUGGCCGUUCGUUUCCUGCAUCACUUCUCGUUGAGUUCCUCUCGACCGGUACCUUCACAAAAGGCGCCAUUGUUACACACUGCGGGUUCGAAGGUAUCAUCGGCAUAAUCAUCGUUGUCUUCAUCACCAGGAUAGCGGCUCACCAGUAGUCCCGUUUUAUUUACGUGCAUUGAAACUGUUCCUACGGUCAACUGUACCCAGUUGUCGCUCUUAUCCUUCCCAUUAUCCUCGGCAGUGAGCUGCGGAAAAGUGUUCUCGGGCAAUCAUUCCCUUCCUCCGCCAGUCAUCUAACCAGCAACGUGUUCUGUUCGGUUCGGUUUGGUUCGGAUGGUUCUGCAAACCCAAGAAAACCAGCGCUGAUGUUGCUUUCAGCCAUCACUCACCGGCAGAAGAAUCAAC